AUGGUGUCUACUACAGGUCUCAGUUACACCCCUGGUGUCCCAUAUCCUGCCUUUCACAGGCAGAACGGUCUCCUCGUAGACGAUGGAGGUGUUUGGAGUGUUCGUGCACCAGAGAGUAUUCAAUGCUCCAGCUUACUAGAUACGGACCCCUAUAUUGGCGAGCUUUGCACAUUCAAGGGUUGCAUCGUAUGCCGCAGUACACAAGAAGCCGAAGAUGUCAAGGAGCACAUACUUCUUUAUGCAAACAUAACGCUCGACCUCCAAAGGACAAACCGUCCUGCGACGUUUGACUAUUCAUCAAUGCUCGACGUCUUUUGGAGUAAUCGUCAAACGCCGUACAACUCGAGCGAGUACCUUAAAGCGUCUGUGACGGUCGGUGAAGACACCAAAUCCAGGUGGUACUGGAGGAUUGGCCACGAUAAAUGGACCCCAUCCUAUGACAAGACCAGGAUCGAACACCGCGGGACGAGCACGCUUCAAUACACCUACGGCGGCGAGUCGACUGCGUAUCUAUUCGUCAAAGUCGAGAUGGGCCUACCUUCUUCGUAUCCUGUUGGUCUCAUCGAGGUUAUGCAAUUCCAGUCUUUCAGUAUCGACAGACCGUCUCUCCCCACGACUCUCCCACCUCCAUCGCAUGAAGACCCCGAGGAAUCGUCUCCACCUGACUCGCAACCUUUACCGACGCGACGGGAGCGUCAUAAACCGUCCCAAGUAACCGUUACGUGGGUACCUCCGAUUCACUCGCCGCGCUACCAAGAGCCUCUCCCUCCACCAACGCCAAAUAAUGAAGGGCUGGUCUAUCUGCUGGGGUUCAUCAUAGUGCUCAGCAGCGCCGUUGCUAUAAUCCUUAUCGUGCAAGAACUGUACCGGCGCGUGCAGCGGUCAGAGCACCUUCCUACCUUUGCAGAUCGCGCCGCGCUGCUCGGAUAUGGUCCAAUCACCGCCAAUCCACGAGAUUAUCGAACUUUUGGGGAGGAGUCACAUCGUGGAUGUGCAUCGCAUGCGGGUUCGACUGCCUGCCACGCACCGAGGGAGACUCCCAAAAAGCACGACCUUGAACAAGGGCUGUCCGCAUGGGCAGCAGAGCACCGCCGUCAGAUCCCGGAAUCAUUCGAGGCGAAGCUCAAGGCGGCUGGAUACUUGCCAUAUGAUGAUCCGGAUAUCAUGACCGAGGACGAGUGGCUCUCUCAGUGGAGUGUAUCAAGGAUGGAGCUUCAGAGACUUCGGCAUUUGUAUCAGCAGCGCGAAGAUGCAUGA